AUGUCACGCGACGAUGGCCCACAGGACACGCAGCAGAGUCAUGGUCAAGACGACGCCGCGCGCAAGCUUCAGAAGCUGUGGCGCGGGCGUAACGAUGCGAAGGACCAGUUCUUGACGUCCCAAGCGAGGUGGGACGAGGUUGUCGGGGACACGGCUUUGAAGGCUGCAGGAGAUGGGGCUGGGAGAGGAGACAACUCGCAGCGCGCGAGGUGGGGACGGGCGGGGAAGUAUGUGAUGCGCUUGCAGGACCCGGACGCGAUGAUGGCCGGCGCCGGCACGGACGUACCGGAUGCCGCGCGCAAGAACCUCGAGACGCAACACUGGCUUGAGCUCAUUGACGGGAAGCAUCGAUAUGGCUCCAACCUGAAGUACUAUUUUGCGAAGUGGAAAGAAGCAGACACCGAAGAUAACUUCUUCAACUGGCUCGACAAUGGUGGAGGAAAGGAUCUGGAUUUGAAGGAAUGCUCGCGCGAACAGCUCGAGAAAGAACGCAUAUAUUAUCUUACGAACGAGCAGCGCCUCAACUACCUGGUCCAGAUUGACGACCAAGGUCGACUACGGUGGGCAAAGAAUAACGAACCUGUAGACACUUCUCCAGGCCGCUGGAAGGACGCAGGAGACGGAAAGGGGAUUGUACCUCUGGAUAGCGAGGAUCACCCCGAGCUCGAGGAGGACGAUCAGAGCGGCGGUCUUGACUCGCCUGGAUCUCUCGCGGUGAACCACUACGUCGAGCCGCCGCAGGGUAACAGCAAACUCACAACUUCCGUCAAACGGAAUUUGACGCUCAAAGGUUUGGUCAACAAGCUUCUGCGCAAGACCUUGCAAAAGAACACUUGGAUAUACGUCUCGGAUAAGAAUUAUAACAUUUUCGUCGGCAUCAAGAAACCUGGCACGUUUCAGCACUCGUCAUUCCUAGCAGGCGGCAAGGUCACAUCUGCGGGCCUCAUCUCCGUCAAGGACGGCGUCAUCCAUACGCUCUCUCCUCUGUCAGGACACUAUCGAACAUCUAUAGACCACUUUCAUCAAUUCCUCGACGUGCUUGACAAGAAGGGUGUGGACAUCUCGCACGUCAAGAAAACCAAAGCUGAAGUUGCGUUGUGGACACUGGAGCACGUCGCGAAGGCAAAGAAGAAGAAAGGCGCCCUGGUCACUUCGACGAAAGAGAAGGCGAGGGACUUGGUAAGACGCAACUCUGGUGGGACGGACGAAGAAGACAAGAGUGACGAAGACACUGGUUGGAAGCGGGAGAUCCUUUACGGGCGGAAGAAAGAAGAAGAGGAUGAGGGGAGCGCCGAGCAUACGCCCGAGGGUCAGGAGGCUCAGAGGGCAGUCUCCGAUACCGCAACCACAAAGCAGCAUACAAACGACGAACGGCCAGCAUCAGCGCCAGCGAGACACAAAGACACGUCUCAUCCACGGGCAGAUUUCACAGUCGAAAAGGCGUCCCCUACCGAAGAGACUCCGCCUGCAGUCUCGGAUACGACUUCGCCAGACAAUGGCCCGUCAUCGGAUAACACAGGCGAAGAAUCUUCGUCUUCACCGCGCGUAGACGGCAAUGUACCUUCAUCACAGACAGACCCACACCAUCAUUAA